ACGCUUGAAUACAAUGAUAUCAUGUAUCCUGCCUGGACAUUUUGGGAAGGAGGACCAGCUGUUUGGCCAAUUUACCCAACAGGUUUAGGGCGCUGGGACCUCAUGAGAGAGGACCUCAGAAGAUCUGCAGAAAAAUGGCCAUGGAUGAAAAAAAUCUCUAAAGGAUAUUUCCGAGGAUCCAGAACAAGCCCUGAGAGAGAUCCCCUCAUUCUGCUGUCCCGAGAAGACCCAGAACUUGUUGAUGCUGAGUACACUAAAAACCAAGCUUGGAAAUCUGAGAAGGACACCUUAGGAAAGCCUGCUGCAAAGGAAAUUCCACUGGUUGAUCACUGCAAGUACAAGUAUCUGUUUAAUUUCCGGGGAGUGGCUGCCAGUUUCCGGUUGAAACACCUCUUCUUGUGUGGCUCACUCGUCUUUCACGUUGGAGAAGAGUGGUUGGAGUUCUUCUACCCCCAGUUGAAGCCUUGGGUCCACUACAUCCCAGUCCGAUCAGACCUCUCUAACAUCAGGGAGCUGUUGCAAUUUGUAAAGGAAAAUGAUGCCAUAGCACAAGAAAUUUCAGAGAGGGGACGCCAGUUCAUCACCGAGCACUUGCAGAUGGAGGACAUCUCUUGCUACUGGGAGCAUCUGCUCUCUGAAUAUUCCCAAGCCUUGACUUACAACGUGAAAAGGAGGAAGAGCUACAGCGAGAUCACUUCUGAGUGGCCGAAAACAGAACUGUAGAGAUAUCUCGUUUUUUCUCUUCAGCUCAAACUGAUCUCUCUGGAAAUCUGAAGAUUGGUUUAUCU